GUCGCCCGUUUUGUGGUCAAUAAAAAAAAAACAAUAAUUAUUAAGACAUGAAAGCGCUCAGGACUAGUCCGCACUCUGUGAGAGAAAACAAAAUAAACUUUAAAUAAACCGUGGGAAAGAACAUUCCUCAUAACUCGCGAAAUGUCAAUUAGUGCUUGCAGUAGCUAAAAUUCGAGUCUCUCUGAAAACCAUAACCAGAUCCGCACUUUUUCCGAGCCAAAAUCAAAGUUUAGCAACGGAAAAAUAUCCUUUACUGACGGACAAACUGAACUGGCAACUUCCGCUUCCGCCGAGUGCUUCAACUUCAGUUUAAUGUUAACUCUGGCAAAACCAAAUUGACAAGAAGGAAAUAAAGCAAGAGACCUAACAAAAAAGGAUCCGGUGAAACAUAUCGUAGAGCUUUGUCAUCGGCCAGAAAGAAAAACUACAUAAAUCAACGACACUGCCAAAGCCAAGGGCAACAAUAACUGGACGAAGCAAUUAAUUUUAUUCAAACAUUCAGCGGCGCCGCUCCGGCAGGAAGGACGAAAAAUGGAUUACGGCUGGCUGCUGUUUCUGUUCAUCGCGCAUUUAAUUGGUUAUUCAAGCGUCUCGGCCCUGUUUGUUACGGACAUAAGUGUGCCAGAAAUAGUAGACUUUCGGGACAACGUGACGCUCUCCUGCAGCUAUGACAUGCGAGGACACACCCUGAACUCUGUCAAAUGGUAUAAGGAUCACGAGGAGUUCUUCAGGUAUUCUCCGCUGGCUAGUCCGAUCUAUAUGACCUUUGGCGUGCCCGGCCUGCAAGUGCUCGACGGCAAGUAUCUGUGCAACGAGUCCAGCUGCAGAUUGGACCUAAGCCUUCAGGGUGCCCGGUCGACGGGCUUGUACAAGUGCGAGGUCAGCGGCGAUGCACCGCACUUCAAGCUGGCGGACAAGGCAGACAACAUGACGGUGGCAGCCCUGCCCCAGAGCGACCCGCUAAUCGAGAGCUUCAACUCGAUGUACCGCAUGGAGGAGUUCCUGAGCGCCACAUGCUCCUCGGACUACUCCAGCCUACCCACCCGGCUCACCUGGUACAUCAACGGCGAGCAGCCUCUGCUGGGCGAGCUGCAGCCCACCAUCGACACCAGCAUCCCGGCUCACGACUAUGUGCUGCGUCGCCAGCGGCUGCAGGUGCACUUUUAUCUGCAGGGACAGCGCUUCUACCAGGCUGGAAAAAUCCUCGAGCUGAAGUGCGUCGCGGAAAUUGAGAAUUAUCCGGAGCUGCGGCGGGAAACGUCACUCAGUGCCUCACUUUCGCAGUUCGAUAAUUUGAACAAUCAAAUGCUGAUACAUGCGGGCACCAAUUCUGGGUCCGCACAAAGGAGCCGCGCCUGGGCCACGACCUCGCUAAUUUCCGCCUGGCUGGUGACACUUUUUCUCGCACUGUGCUUUCGACGCCCCUCAUGAACGGGCUCCAAAUUGCUCAGGGGAUCGGAGGCGGAGUUGGAGUGGGAGUUGGAACGGGUUGCGCCUCGUACUCGUUGGGCGACUUUGUCAACUAUAUCAUCACGUUAGUUAGUUAGUCAGUCAGCUAGUCACUUAGUUAGUUAGUUAGUUAGGGUAACACACAAAGGUAAGACCGCAAACUAGUCAAUAGGCAAAGCUUUCGGGUGUAAAUAGGGUUGAAGUUGGAGUUGGAGUUGAAGUCGUGUUGAAGUUUACAAUUUUUAGAGUGUGCCAAAUAUUCACAGUCAAACGAAAUCAGGUUGAAGAUUAAUGCAAUUCAAGAAACUUCAUUUCACGUGAAUUUAAUUCAUCUAUUGUUUAAGUAUACGACAGAUAAGA